CGACCAUCGAACCUCGGUACAGACAGAUUCUUGCCGUCUGAAAUCUGGCAGCAACAUACAGGAUACAGGGUACCACAGAAUAUCCUGCUUUGGCCGCCAAAUUUGACGAGGAUUCUGGACUCAACAGGUCUAGGCCGGGGGAACUCUGGUCCAUCUACGGUUCCUUCCAUCUCCUCUGAAUUAGACUAGACAUACCAGGAUUGAGAUUUGGACUAGGCCUCAAUCCAGAGGAAUCUGUGCAUAAUAUUGAGGAAGCUGGCAAGCACGAUCAUGGCGUCUCCAUCCAACGACGCCGGUAGCAGCUUCGCCGGCAAGAGGAAGAGGGAAGAUGUCGUCCUGCCCAUUAUGGCCCAGACCAGCAUCGCAGCGCCAGCAGCUCUCUGGGCCCGGGGCGGAACGUCCAACUUCGCCAAGACCGACCCGCAAAACUACCACUCGAAACGACGGGCCGAAGCCCGUCAAACGGUCCCCGCCGAAGAAGCCCGUAGAAAGGUCGAACUUUUGCUUCUGGAAGAGGGGAAACGAGUCAGACGGGCUGGUGGGGUACCUUUUACCGCACAGGGAGGCUUGGGGAGCAGGCCGACGAGCCGGGCGGAGAGCGUUGUUGGGAGCCCAGGAGGAGAUGCCGAGGAGAAGGUGGCUGGGUUGAGGGAGAGUGAUAUCGGAGAGAGGUUGAUACCCGCUCUAGAGGAACACGUCGAUGAGCAGGAGCAGCAAGCCAAGGAGGAACAGAUGGAUUUCUCGAAGACGAUCGUCAUUCAACCUGGUUCAAGAUGGCUCAGAAUGGGUCGAUCUACUGAUCCCACGCCGCUAGAAAUUCAUUCUUGCAUCUAUCGCAAGACGCCCCUGUUUAAACUCAAAUCGACCGUAUAUGAGGAGCUACCGCCGAUCCCUACUCGGAUGGAGAAUAAGCUAGCCAAUCUAUUGAACGAGGAGCCUGCGCCGCCCGAGCCGACAGUGUCAGCGGAGGCGGCCCAGGAGGCACCGAAAGAUGAAAAAGAAGGAGAAGGAGAGGACAAGGUCGAGGCGACGGAAGAGACGGUAUCGGCAGAGCAACUCGAGGCUAACAAGGAAGAGGAAAGGCUCGAUGGGUUGAUCAAAGACCUUCGAGACAACCUGAAGCAUCGUAUGCAAGCCGCCAAACUGAAGCUUCCACCGGGCAAGUAUGAAAAUUACGUCGCCACGUGCAACCGGUAUAACGGGAGUACGAGACCGGUUCAGCACAAGGCGUAUGACGAUCCGUAUGCCGUCGAUUGGGUCGAAGACUGGACACCAGAGACUCUUUUCCCGGACGAGGCGUUCCAUGUACCGGAAGAAGCGCCAUAUGAAUGUCGCUGGCCAUGGAAACGACGAUCGCUCAAUACACACGAUUACCGUGGCACGGGUCCGGAAGUCAUCCUCUCUGACAUUCAGGCCAUCCUCGAGAACGCUCUGAGGAAGCUGAACCCGCCGGUAGAGAGGGGGAGCUAUUAUCAACAUUCUAUCGCGCUGGUGAUACCUGACCACUCGGACAAGCAAUACAUCGAGGCCAUCAUAAAGGUGCUGUUCCAAUAUAUGGGUUUCCGCCAAGUCGGAAUACUACAGCAAGCGGUCUGUGCGACUUUCGGCGCGGGUCUCUCUAGCGCAUGCAUCGUCGACGUCGGAGCUCAACGGUCGACUGUGACGUGUGUCGACGAUGGGAUGAUGCUCGCAGAAUCUAGAUACGUCCUUAAUUACGGGACGGACGAUGUGACGACGUUUUACACCGAGCUUUUGAAGCGGAUUUCGUUACCAUACAAGGAGCUGGACAUGAGUCGACGGACGGAUAGGGAGAUGAUGGACGAUCUCAGAAUACGAACCUGUAUCAUGCUGGAUCAAUACGUGGCGAGCAAUGUGUGGAAGUUCAAUAGUAAAAACCAUAAGCGACCCUCGAUAGAAUACGAGUGCCAGACAUUCGACCAGCCCGUCCUGGCUUUCUCUUGCUUCUUCGACCCAAGGGUCAUGAACUGGAAAGUCAAGGAUCAGGUCCGCCGGUAUCCCCUCAAGGGGUACGUGGACGAGUAUAUGACAGAGAUGCGGGACGAUGAUGUGACUCGGAGCAUGUCGAGAGCGACGGAACAUCUGCUUCCUCCACCCUUGCCACCACCCGAACCCGUCAUCGAGGAAGUGACGACGACCAACCCCGAGACGGGGGAAGUCACCGUAACGCAAGUCGCGGUGCCUCAACCCAUCCCACCUCCACCCGAACCGGACUUUGACGUGGUACAGGAAGCUGCCAAGAUGCCGCUCGAAGUUGCCGUAGCAUGCUCGCUGUUAGCGGCUACGCCUGAGCGGGUUAGCAAUUUGGCAGGUUCGAUCUUGAUCUUGGGAGGUGGAGGGGCGGUAGAAGGGUUCGGUGAAGCUCUGCGAUGGCGUGUCCUGUCUCAAUUGCAACAGAGAGCACCAGGACAGUCCAUCAGCCCCGAAAUCUUGCCUGCUCCAAGAGGUCUAGAUCCACGGCUCGUGACAUGGCGAGGUGGGGUCGUAUGGACGCGGCUGGACUCGAUGCAGGACGUUUGGAUACGGAGGGACGAAUGGGACGAGUUGGGUAUGCGUAGUUGGAAGAUGAGGGUGAUGUAGAUGAGCCACUAGAUGGGGCAUAUAGGGUCUAGGGUCGAUCUCAGUCGGCCGUCGUGUGACUCGUAUUUGCUUCCGCUCAAAGUCGGAGUGAGCCGACGACUACGGGUCGUUUGAAAGUUGUCUACAUGACGUCUGCUUCAUCGAGAUUUGCUCUUUACAUCGAGUCGGAUCUGAUAC